AUGGCGUUCGCGGAAUGGGAGAAGAAGUAUAACAAUGCAUCGUCGUCUAGUCUGGGUGCGCUAGACGAAGAGGAAGAGGAAGAGGGAAAACAGGAAAAGAAAGAAGGAGAUAUUGUUCGCGAACCGUGCGACGUGCAACGGACAACGGGCAAUGAGGGGCGUUCUGUGCAGCAGCUUGGGUGUCGGUCACCAAUCGUCGAUCCUCGUUCAUCGAUCAUUGUGUAUCGUGAAAUGGUCUACGAGAACCCACUAAAUCCCGAAUAA